AUGGCCUCUCUGCCAACGCCACCGCCGGAAGCCGAGCCGUCCGCAGGCUCCUCUGCCAAUGGCAAGCUGGUUCCAGCAGCCUCAUCGGCCCCGAUAGCCCACGACUCGGACUCUUCGACGGCCGGAUCCAACUCACCGCUCCUGGGCUCCGGGGCGCCGUCCGUGUCCUCGUCGACUGCGGCCUCAGCCCCCCGCAUGACCAACCGCCAGUCGCUGGCCGUGUCCUUUGACAAGACCGUGCUCAACAUGCUCAAGCUGGACAACUACGACCUGGAUAUCCAGGAAGACGUGCUCGUCGUCGUUGACAAGGAGAAACGCAGGAAGAACCGGCGCAGCAGCGGCAACACCUCUUACCGCCGGACGAUCCCGCUCUACAACGUGCUCUGGGCCGAGGUGACGGCCAGCACGACGACGCCGCCACAACAACGACUGGUAGUGGACUUUGCCGACCGGCUCUCGAAGACGCGACUGCACGUGGCGCAGCUGGUGGUGCCGGUGAUGACGGGGCCGGAUCGACCGACACCGGCGGAGGUGGCCACAUGGGCAGAGCUGCUGCUGUCGCGGGCGCGGCGCAUGGUGACGACGACGCACUCGGGCCAGGCGACGGAGCUGUGCGCGGCGCUGGACAUUGACCGCUACGACAUGGUGGUGCCGUGUUCGGGCGACGGGCUGGCCCACGAGGUGUACAACGGGCUCGGGCGGCGGCCAGACGCACGACGGGCUCUCGCUCAGCUCGCCGUAGCCCAUGUUCCCUGUGGCAGCGGCAAUGCCAUGGCCUGCAAUCUCUACGGCACGCAUCGGGCCAGUCUGGCAGCGCUGGCCAUCGUCAAGGGUGUCGUGGCGCCGCUGGACCUCGUCAGCAUCACGCAGGGUGACCGCAGGAUGCUCAGCUUUCUCAGCCAGGCUGUCGGCGUCAUUGCCGAGGCCGAUCUCGCCACCGAGCAUCUUCGCUGGAUGGGCGAGGCUCGCUUCACCUGGGGCUUCCUGCAGCGCUUCAUGGCCCGCCGCGUCUACCCGUGCGACCUGGCCCGCCAGCUCGAAAACAACCGGCGCAAAGAGCAGCAGCAGCAGGCGAGGCGGGGGGGCCGCUCCAAGCUCGACUCGUCCGAGGCCACCACAGCCACCACAGCCACCACAGCCACAACUGCCACAACUGCCACAUCAGCCACCACAGCCACAGCUUCCACGACCAACACGGCCUCCACAUCUGCCACCUCCACCAAGAGCGAGAACGGCAAGCUGGCGGCCGACGACGACGGCCUGGGCCUGCCGCCGCUGCAGUAUGGCACUGUUGAGGACGAGCUGCCCGAGGGCUGGGAGUUUGUGCCGCACGACAAGCUCGGCAACUUUUACUGCGGAAACAUGGCCUACAUGGCUCCCGACGCCAACUUCUUCUCGGCCGCCCUGAUGAGCGACGGGCUCGUCGACCUGGUGACCGUCGACGGCGACAUUCCGCUGCACAAAUCGCUCGGCAUGAUCACGUCCAUCGACAACGGCCACUUCUUUGACAACCCGGUCGUGCGCUACAGCAAGAUCACCGGCUACCGCCUCGUGCCCAAGAACCAGGACGACGGCUACAUCAGCAUCGACGGCGAGCGCAUCGACUUUGCCCCCUUCCAGGCCGAAGUGCACCGCGGUCUCGGCCGUGUCAUCGCCAAGCGCGCCGACCGCUACGAGGCCCCCGGCCCGCGCAACUGGGAAAAGGUCACCGCAGCCGAACGCAUCAUGGCUUGA